GCCGGCCCGCCAGGCGAGCAGAAGUGGAGGAAGGGCCGGGACAGCGCUUCCAUGGAGGUUUGGGUGCCGCUGCUCAUCGCUCUGGCCGGAGCCGUCAUCCGAGAAGCCCUGUUUGCCCGGCCUCCUAACAUAACUUACUCUAUCGAUGAAGAGACAUGCAACUUGCAUGUAAGGUGGUUGCCUGCAGAGCCUCCCAGCAGUAACUGCACACAGCAAUACAAAGUUGGCAUGCGCAUCAAUGGAUCUUGGAAUGGCCUUACAUUUUUAGUCCAUAAAGAAACUUUCUGGACAGAGGCUGUACCUGUGGGUGAAAAAGUUGAUUUUGGAGUAAAAACUACCUGCGACAGCAAUGAUAUCGAAACAGCAGACUGGAAUGAUGAUGAAACUUUCCACGUUGUUCAAAAUGGAACUGCAGGUACAGGAGCCAAAAAUAUUAACUGCAUUUGGUGGAACAAGAAGUCCAUGGAAUGCUCUUGGAACUCUGGAGGCAAAGCAAGCUCUGAUACUUCCUACAAGCUGUCCUACUGGUUACCAUUGGAAGAUGGUCAGAACAAAGCAAAACAGUGCAGAAAUGUCACUCGCAAAGAAUCUGAGUUUCGAUGCCGUUUUGAUUUAGACUUUCAUCAUCUCGCAAGAAUCCAUAUUUCAGUUCAAGGCAAAUCUGCAAACAUUCAAACCACCUGCUUCAUAACGGAAUCAGUAAAUAGUUUAGUAAAAUUUGAUCCUCCAUCCUUCACGGACCACUCAAAGAACCGUAAUGAAAUGUUUCUACAAUGGAAUAAACCAGUUGGUUUCUCCGACAGUUGUUGUGACUCAGAAGUAGAAGUUAAUAGCAGCAAAUCAGAGAUAAAGCACUUCAAGCAUACUUACAGCACAACAAUCCCACUUGAGCCGAAUGUGCAGCACUCUUUCCGAGUGAGAAUCCAGUCAGAGAAGGGACACUGGAGUGACUGGAGCGAUGUGUUAUUCGAUAGUUCACCCCCCAGUACAACCUCCACAUAUCUUUGGUUGAUUUUAAUUCCCUUAUGUGUGGCGCUACUGUUGGUCAUUUUGCUAAUUUACUUGAAGAGGAUUAAACUGCUGAUUUUUCCAAAAAUUCCUGACCCUGGAAAGAUUCUGAAGGACGUGUUUGAAGAGCAGAUUGAAAACCAGCCCGCACACGAAACAGUCAACAAUGACGAAACCCAUUCAUUGAUGCUCGUGGAGCCUGCUGGAAAUGAGAAGUGAGGAAACCACGUUGUCAAACGACUUCUGGAUGUAAACCAAACAUAUUAAGCGCAGAGUCUGAUACUGCAGCUGCUGAAACAUCUCUUGAAUAUUUCAUUCAAAAUUCCUUCAUGCUAGAAGCAUCUUAUUGGACUAAGCAAGUCCAUAGAAUGCAGCCAUGUCAAUAACUUUCCUCAGUUGCCAUCCUUGCUAUUCCCACUGAAAAUGUGAACAGCAAAUCCUGCAUUCGUUUUUGUGAAACUGCAGAGUUGUUUUGGAGUUUGUUUCACUCAGUUUUUGCUGCUUGAAAAGCAUGAGUUAUGUGGCAAGACUUGCCUUAGCACGACUAUUGUUCUGAGCAUUCCUUAAGUUAAAACAGACACUAUCAGGCCUCUUCCAUUUUGGCUCAGAGAAAAUUAAGAUAGCUGGGCUAAGUGAUGAGAGCCUUUGUUGCUAGGCCAGAGUAUUUCCCAUUGCUGAAAUUUUGAAGUAUCUCUUUUUGUCACAAGAGCACAUAUGAAGAUAUUUUAAGAAGUGUUUGUGUGCAUCCUAGCUGCACAUCUGUGAUUUUUAUAUAUGGGAAUGAUAAAAUGGCUCACCCACAUUAUUGGCAGAGUGAUUACACAGCAGUUACCACACAAAAUGAUUAAACAGUAAAGAAAUGCUUUAUUCAGGAAUAGAGAUGGGCACAAACCGAAAUACGAACCAACAUUCGUGACAAACCAGGCCCGUUCGUGGUUCAUGAACCAGUGGUUCGUCAGAUCCCAUUUCUGAUGAUCCACCAUGAACUUCAGGCUGAUUCAUUUGAUUUGUUUUUCAGUUCAUCACUGCAGACAGCCUGGCGCCGAUCAGUUUCCUAGGCACUUCUUGCAGACCCGGAAGUGAUUAUUUGCUGGCCUGGAAGUGACAUUUUCAUGAAUCACAACGAAUCGAUUUGUGAACCGGGGCAGGUUUGUGAAAGUUCGUGGUUUAUGAAACGUGACGAACUACGUGGUUCUUUUUGUUCUGGUUCGUGCCCAUCUCUAUUCAGGAACAUACUUGAUAGUAGAGAUAGAGACACUUGGAAAAGAGAAACGUUAGACUGGGAAUUCUGUUUUCCCAUUCAUCUUGUUGCUGGAGUCACUCAUUCCCGUAAACCACUGCUGAUCAGUUUACUGAAGUUUACAGGGGGGCGGGGUUGUUGUUUGUUUUUUGUGAGCAGGCAUGCGGCGCAGGGGAGUAAAUCCUGUUUCCUCCAUGGAAUUCUUUAGCUGCAAUAGGCUAUGGCAUUCUAUAUGAAUACCUUGGUGUUAUAGCAGGAAGUUUGUUUUAUUCUUUUGUGCUGCCAGGAGAACCUGCAACUUGUAUUCCGUUUUCCUCUUUUUUCUUUCAGUUUUGUCUUUAGCAUCUCUUUGCCAAACACUUUUUGUAUCAAAAUGAAAAGGCCACCUUUUAGGCUCAUAGCUAGCAGCUUGAUUGGUCUUAAACUCCUCAUGGAUCAUGUAGUUCGGCGUAUUUGAAACCCACAAUUUAGUUUAUUAGCCAGUGGUUUGCUGUGAUGUGCAUACCAAUCUAGUGGAGUGUAGGAUAUUAGGGACAUUUUUUGUGGAUUAGGUGUAAAAUAUCUUAGUCAGGUCGGCCUCCUUACUUUGCCAGCUUUACAUAUUAUGAGUCAGUGUCUUUGAUCCACUUCCUUUGUCCCCCAAAGGUAAUUUCACUGUGAGAUUCUCCAAUAUUUCCAAGACCUGGGAUCUGGGAUGUUGGCUGUGGUGGGCCUUCAGAAUUAACAGGCUCCUCUGAUAGCUUCAGAGAUAUGUGAUAGUACCAAUCACAUCGUGCAUAUCAGCUUGAGGGUCCACGGGCUUUUUAUUUGUAUUCAUCAUAUCUAGUCAGGAACCGGCUGCUGCCAUCCCUGUUUACUGUCAGUGGUCAAGAGAUACAGACAGAAAUCUAGCUACUCUGCUGAUAGUUCUAGACUGUUCCAAAAAGAAGCAGGAUAUUCCCUUAGAGUAGCAAUCUGGAGAAAGACAAGGAAAGGCGCUUAUCAAGAAAGAAGGUACUGACCUCACAUUCCUAUCUAGCUAGCCCUUGCUGCUCCCUGCAGGAUAUUCUUCUUUUCUUUUUUUACAUCAGACAUUGUUUACUCCAACACACAAAUUCUAAAUCUCAAGAAAGAGGCCCAAAUGUGGAUUGUAACAGGAAAAUCAGAGCCCCCUACUUGCAUAGCUCUCCAGCCCUGUGGUUUGGAACUUCCAGCCUGAGAAUCAGAAUUCUUAGCCAGAACUUCCUGUUGUGUUUUUAAAUUGAUCCCUGUGUCACUUCUUGUCCACUGCACUAAACUUCUGGACAGUACUGUGUUUUUAAGCAUUGUAAACUUUCUGUUAUAUGUUCACUUGGUUUGGGUUGGGUUUUUUACAAGUUGAGAUUUGCGAUUUGUAUAAAGAAUAAAUACUCUUUCAUAAAAAAGGGUUCCUUCUCAAUUU